CCCACCUGUGCCCAGCAGUGCGCCCACCUGUGCCCAGCAAUGCGCCCACCUAUGCCCAGCAGUGCGCCCACCUGUGCCCAGCAAUGCACCCACCUGUGCCCAACAGUGUGCGCCCACCUGUGCCCAGCAAUGCACCCACCUGUGCCCAACAGUGCGCCCACCUGUGCCCAGCAAUGCACCCACCAGUGCCCACCUGUGCCGCCCACCUGUGCCACCCACCAGUGCCCAUCAGUGCAGCCCAGCAGUGCUGCCAGUCAGUGCCACCAGUCAGUGCCCAGCGGUUGUGCCAGUCAUCAGUGCCACCUAUCAGUGCUGUCUAUCAGUACCCAUUAUCAGUGUCGCCUAUCAGUGCCACCUAUCUGUGACACCUCAUUAGUGCUGCCCAUCAGU